AUUUAGAAUUACUUGUCUAAAUUCUAUAUGUUUUUACUAUGUGUACAAUACACGAACAUUUGCUGUAUUUUUUUAAAUUAAUUUUUUUCAAAGUCCAGCAACGAUAACUUGUAUUGGAUUGGUAACUUUUCGCUUGUCCAGUUCACAUAUUUGAGAUCAACUUGUUUAUAGAUAAAUUGUACUUCCGGUAGUGGUGUCAUUUCCUUUCUCUUUAGCUGGAACACUGGGCGAAAUUCUCAGAUUUACAGCCCCUUGAAAACUUAACAUUGUCGUGGCCCUGCUAUAUGGACGCAAAAAUCUCAUCAAAGCAUUUCAAAUGUGUGAAAUGCGAGUUUAGCACACAUUAUGAUUACUUUGGAAGCAAACCACCGUUUUAUAAGGAUCUUAUAUUGCUUGAGGACGCUUAUAUCAUGAAGGACCCCUUUACAAUGGAGGCAAAUUUUAUUGUGCUUGGUGGGCACUGUUCAUUUUGUAAUAUUGCAGUUUGUUGCAAUCAGAAGUGCAGUAUAUUUUAUACCAAAAGAAUUUGCUUGGCCUGCUGUUUGAAUCAUUUUGACGACUUUCCGCCAGCCAUUAAACAGGAUUUGCAAAAGAUUGAAAAUUCUGAUUAAAAUACAAGCUUCGAUUGAAGAUAUUUCAACAAAUGUAAGUUUAUACUUAAACGACCAUAAUUUAGCGUUCGUCAGUGAUGCGCCUGUGUAUAUAUAUGUCAGCGGCAGAUAUAUGUGAAGAACGGAAGUAAACAGUGCGCAGGAAGUGAGAUAGUCGAAGUCUUACCAAGAAAAACUUAGAUUUACUUGGAAAUUAUUGAGUACAUUUAUUACCGGUUGUCUCGUUUUCAUGGCUAUGUAUUGUAUGCGAAAUAAGAUGUCUACAGUGGAAGCUGUUUACACAUACAUUGUUGUACAUAUCGCUUCUAUUUACUGUAAAAAUGUUUCAUUGUACAAUUUGCGAUGUAAAAUUAAAUUCUGUGGAACAACGA